CUUCCUUCUGCCUUCCUCGGUUGGAGUAUGAGGAAUACCUUUCUCUCUCUCUACCAGUAUAGUACUCCCAGCCAAAAACUUGACUCUACAAAAACGAAAUCCCAAGGCCUUUUAAAGGAGCAAGCAAGCAAGCAAAGACGACAUAGGAUAGGAGGUGGUAAAGAGAGAGAGAGAGCCAGAAGCGAACGAGGAGGAUUCGAGAUGGAGGUGGUGGUGCCUGUCAUGGCGCCAAGUGCGCCGUGCAGCCCAAGAACCGCGGCCAUCGCCGGCGACCACCUCCCGGCCUACUGCUACUUCUACUCCAGCGCGCCGACGAGCCCGUCCAGGGCGAGCUGCGCGGGGGGCGCCGCCACCGCCACGACCACGACGCCGGGCUCGGGCGACGAGGCCACGUUCGACUUCACGCUCGGCUUCAGCGGGCAGCUGCAGGAGGCCACGCCGACCCUCGCGGCCGCCGACGAGCUCUUCGAGGGCGGCAGGAUCCGGCCGCUGAACACGCCGCACCCGAGCAUCCCGCUGGCCGACGACGCCUCGAGCUCCUCCUAUUCCGGUGGCCCUCGGUGGUCCCCGAGAAGAGCCGGCGGCGCGGAUCGUCGGGCGGAGGCACCGUUGGAGAGAGGCAGGUCGGGCUACAGACCCGCCGCCUCGACGGCGGCGGCGGCGGCGGCGGCCUCGUCGAGGAGUAGGAGGGCCACGAGGUCUCUGUCCCCGUUCAGGGUCAGGGGCGGCGGCGGCGGAGGAGGAGGCGUGGACGACGACGAGGAGUCCCCUCCGUCUCCCCGAACCUCCAUGAUGCGGGGCUGCGGCAGCGGCAGCAAGAAGUGGCGGCUCAAGGACCUGUUCCUGUUCCGCAGCGCGUCGGAGGGCCGCGCCACCACCGGCGGCGGCAGCAAGGACCCGCUGUUCAAGUACACCAUGCUGUCGUCGUCGUCCCAGCAGACGCUGCGGACCGGCGGCGACGGCAGCGCGUCCAUGCGCAAGGGGAGAGGCUCCGCGGCGUCGGCCAGCGACAUGCCGAUGCCGUACGCCGUGCCCCGGGGGGCGGCGGCGGCCGAGGACGCGCGGCGCCGGACGACGGCCACCACGCCGCUGCCGUUCCACCGCAACAGCCUCUUCGGCUACCUGCGCUCCAACCCGGCGAUCCACAGCAUCAGCCGGAAGCUCGGGGGCGGCGGCGGCGGCAGCAGCAGCAGCCAUCCCGUACCACCCGCCGCCUCCAACUCCAGUAGUCGUGGCAGGCCGACAUGAUCCGUCCGCAUACCGCAAGCAGUCCCGAAACCUUGACGGCGAUGCAGCUCGACGCAGAAGUGGCCGCCGGCGGCCGUUUUUAUCUCCCCACCCCACUCCUUUUUGUUCCCUUGUAAUUUAAUUUGAUGCGUAUUCUUUCGUUUCAUGUGAACCAACAAGGUACUAGUAGUUAGUGUAGAUAUGUACGUACGUACGUACACGGCGGUAUGUAUGUAUCCCCAAGGAUUUCUUUGAAGAAAGAAAAGAUAAUUAGCGUA